CACAGAACUCUGGCCGUUUGCCACACAGAUGUAAAACAGAACAAAAUUGAAAAGUGAAAGAAAAUUAAGAGUGGUCCUUUCCGAUCUAUUCGGAAAUGAGCAGGAGAACGUUACGGCGGCGACGCUCCGCUGGUCAGGAGCAUCAUCUACCGCCAUGCAUCCAAAACUCCAUUUCCAUACCCUGCGAAGGCACCAGGCGCGGUCGCUUCCAAAAGGUGGACGCAUAUCCCUCGAUCCGAACGAUGGAUUCACAUUUCGACCCCACCAAGGACAGGGCCAACGGCUGGUUGGCCAGCUCCGUCGAGGCUGAUGGCCGUGGGCGAGCCUUCGACAUGGUCAAGGACAACGUGCUGCUCGCUUGGCAGCAGAUUCCACACAAGGACACGUUGGGCUUCUAUGGCAUCGGCUCGCCCACCCACCAGCCCGAAUCGGUGGUGUUCAACCGGCUGAUUUCGUCCUGUCUGGCCAAGGUCAGCGGUGGCGUCUCCCGGCGGCACCGUCCCAGAAAUAUACAAUCGCCACUUUCAAGUAUUAUCCCAAGCCCUCAGAUUUGCAAGCCCUUCGUUCUCAAUCGCCAGGCCUUGCAAUCGCAGCUGCAACAGAUGCCCCAUGUUCAACUGCAGCUGGAUCCGCGAAAAGCUUUAGAGACAUUUUAUUGUAAUGGUCCUACAGAUCCACAUGUUUCCUUUGCGAUAAACCGCCGAAUGGAGGAAGUGAUCUCCAGGAAUCAAGCCCUCAAAACGGAUCCUAAGCCCAACAAGAAACCACAUAAUGAGCGUCCACGCCACUGGUUUUGUCCCAUGGACUGUGGCGAAGCUAGAAAUGUUUGGACUCAGUAUGAAUGGGCCAAAUACAAACUGGAUCCACGUCCCUUAAACAAAGAAUUCAGGGAAUGGCUCCAAAGACAAAAGGAGCAGAAGAGCCCCGAGCCCAAGGAUUACGAUGAGUUGUACAAGAGGUUUUUAAAGUGCUUUGAGCCACAAUCUUCGCCAGAUCCACUUUGCAAGAUCUACGAGGAUUGUUGCAAGCCCAAGAAACCAAAGGAAAAUGACAAUCAGGGAGGUGCUGAUGGACAUGGAGGCAAUGGUGAUGGUUUUAAGCCAGGACCACCUUCCGGUGAUGAUGGUAAACCGAAUGGCGAAGAUAAAACCGGAACCGGAAAUGAAAAUGGAAAUGGAGAUGAAAUCACUGGUGAGGAAAAUGAUAAAGAAGAUCGCAAUAAUAAUAAUGGAGACGUAGGCAAGGAAAACGAAAAAAAUAGAGAUAACAAAAAAGACACACUCAAAGAUAAGGAUAAAACUAAACACAAAAAUAAAGAUAAGGUUACAGAUGAAGACAAAAAUAAAGAUAAGGAUACAGAUGAAGGCGAAGACAAAGAUAAAGAAAAGAAUAAGGAUAAAGACAUGGAUAUAUAUAAAGAUACAGAUAGAGACAAAGACAAAGAGAAAGAAAAAGACACAGACAAAUACAUAGAGAAAGACAAAGAGAAAGACAAAUACAAAGAGGAAUACAAAGGCAAAGAGAAAGAGAAGAAAAAUGAAAAAGAGAAAGAGAAAGAGAAAGAAAAUGAAAAAGAGAAAGAGAAAGACAAAGACAAAGACAGAGGGACAAAGGAAGAGGAAGACAAACAUCAUGAAAACGACAAAGACAUAGGUGAAGAGAAGGAUAUAGACGAGAAACUAUAUGAAGAAAUAGAUAAAGACAAAGGAAAAGAGGAUAAAUUGGAUAAAAAGAAAAACCAACAACCAAAACCGCCAACGGAGUCCGAGAAAGGAAGGCCAAGUAUGAUACCAAAUUUGCCGUGGGCGAACGAGCCCCAAAAUCCCAGCGAUGAAAGUGCCACAGGUGAAACCGAUGUUCCAGCAGGAUACUUGGAAACGUUGGAGCCUGAGGUACCGAAAGACCAGUUAAUCGUACCGCCCAAACGCAGGAAAAGGUAUAAGUGCAACAAAGAGGAUGCGGGCAAGCGCAGGAAGUCCUGCAAACCGUGUCCGCGGCCGAGUUGCGAGUGUAGGAUCUGCCACUUCCAGGAUCGCCGCGAUGAACCGGAGGCUCCCUUCAUGCGGGAUAUGAGGCGGCAGGAGCAGAGGCGCCAGCAGCGUGCCUACUAUCGCCAAAUGUGCCACCGGGAAUAUAUCCGGAAUCGAUGUUGCGAGGAGGAGUACCGAGCACCCCCCCACAAAUGCGAUCCCAUCUGCUGCGACAACUUCCUGUGCCGCAAUCCCCGUCUCGCCAAGCACUGCGACUGCCUUGCAGCCGUACAGGAGCUGCAGAAGCUGCUCUCCGGCGCCAAGGAUCAACAGAAUUACGCCGGACCGCUGCACUGCCUCGAAAAUCUGCGCAGGCGCGUCUGCCAGCGGAUGUGCGAUUGCAUAUUGCCUUAAAUUAAAUCGGAGUGUAUUUCUUUCACCGUGUUUUAGGUUUUUUUUUUGG